UGAUCCAUCCAUCCCUUUUAAUAAUCUUACAAUAAUUUAGAUACUAAGGUAUCAAAGGUUCUUCCUCCCUCUUUCCCUUCGAAAAAAAAAACACAAAAUUAUAUUACCGCCCUUUAUUUUUCAAAAAGUUAACUGUUUGAUUGGCUUUAAAGUUUAUGCUCAUUGGGUUUUUGGUAGUUGGUUGGUAGCUGGUUGGAUUGGGACUGGACUUUUUCUUUUAGAGUAAUAGGAAGGUAUUAGGAUGCGAUGAGUUCGUCGCGGGUGAUAUCGAUGGUAGAACAGCGGGGUUUGAUGUUGUCGAGGGGGGCGGUGGUGGGUUUAGGGAUGGGAAUGGGAAUGGGAAUGGGAAUGGGAAUGGCGGCGGGGAGGGAACGCUUGGUCUUGGUGCAUGGGCUAGGGGUACGAUGUUUUUCGAAAUCGAUGUUGAUUUGUAAAAAGAGGAGUACCAGUAGUGCAGGUUUGGCCUUGGGUUUGCGAUGCUCGGGGAGGGUUGGGGGUGCGCUUUUUUCUGAUAUGUGAGAUUGCUGUUUGCUAUCUGCUAUUUGGUGGUGGUGAUAGUGAUGCGUGGGUGGAAAGGAUAUGGAUCGAAUGCUAAUGGGUUGUAGGUCUCGACGCCAGAGAGGGAUUGUGAGGUAUGCGACGGAGAGUAAUGGGAAGAAGGAAAGGUAAGGGAUAUUUUUUGGCCUUUUUUUGGUGGGAGCUAGGAUGGGGUGUUUCUUGGAAAAGUUGUUUAUGUCACGUGAUCGGAUUGAUGUGGAGUUGAUGCUUUCGAUGGGUCAAUUGGUGGAAGGUGGUGAGCUGGUGGCAUCUAGGAUUUUCUUUGGCUGCUGAUUGAUGGUUCUUCUACUACAGUUGAUUUAAUUGCUCAUCCAUAUCAGAAAAGCUAACGCAAAUACCCUCUAGCAAACAACCAACACCCACACCCUCAAAACCUCUCAAAGUCCUCAAAUCCAUCAAGUCGCUCACCCCGCAUGAAAAUAUCUAUACCAUCCCCAAUAUCCUCACCUUUUCUCGUCUCAUCGCCGCCCCCGUUUGCGGAUAUCUUGUUCUGCAUGACCAGCAUGCGUGGGCUGUCGCACUCUUUGCUUAUGCUGGGAUUACGGAUUUGGUAGAUGGAUGGAUUGCGAGGAAAUGGAAUUUGCAGACGGUCGUGGGAACCGUUAUCGAUCCAAUGGCGGAUAAGACUUUAAUGACGAUUUUGACGGUUUGUUUGGCGAUUAAGGGGGGUUUGCCUGGUAUGUUUUCUCGGAUUUAUAUUUGCCUUGUUGUGUCCACGUUUGGUCUACUCCAUUUCCGAACAUCUCAGCCAUCGAAAUUGCUCUGUUUUAGAAUUCCCCCAAAACACAAAACUAAACAACUUCCUUCCUAUCUUAGUCUGGCUCGCAACCAUAAUCCUCGGUCGCGACAUCGGACUCGCCAUCUCCGCCAUCUACUGGCGAUGGAUCUCUCUUCCUCCUCCUAAAACCUUUUCUCGUUAUUGGGAUUUCUCUCUUCCGUCUGCAGAAGUACAUCCAACUACUAUUAGUAAGUAUAAUACGGCACUACAGUUGGGGUUGAUUGGAGCGACGACUGCGUUGCCAUUGAUUACUUGGGAUGUCGGGGUUGCUAUGACAGGGUUUCAGUGAGUUUUUUUGAGUUUUAUUUUUUGGUUUUUUGCCUCUUGCCUUGGGAGUUUUUCGUUCUGUAGGAGAUUGGGGAGGAGAGGGGUUUGAGAGUGAUGAGGGCGUGGUAUGGUGUGGUAUGAAGAGGAAAAGGGAAAAGGGAAAAGAGAACGUGAAAGAGAUAGAGGAUGAAGAGUACAUAGAGAGCGAAACGACGAAAAAGAAAUGGUAGAAACGGGUAUACUAACAAACAAACUAGAUACCUAGUAGCCACGACCACCAUUUGGAGCGGAAUGAGUUACAUUUACACCAAAGACGCCGUAAAGAUAGUAAACCAACAACAAGAUCCUAUAAAGAAAGAGAAGAAGCAGGAACAGGAACAGGAACAGCAAUUAAAAUAGAAAUAGUGUUAGGAAAACGCACGAAUAGAUGAUGGAUGAUGGAUUAUAUAUAGUUGUAGGAACUCGGGCUGUACAUAUAUACAUAUAUACCUAUUAAGAAUAGACAUUGUACUUUCGUCCCAAAGACGAUAUAUGUAUAAUUAAAUUU